CCGAGCUGGAGCGGAGCUGUCCGGAACAUCCGGCUGUAGCUUCUCAACAUAAACAGCUAUGGCGGAGGCAGCAGCAGCGUCUACGGCGGCUCCAGGAGUAAUAGGAGGUUGGACCAAACACGUAACCUGCAGAUAUUUCAUGCAUGGACUUUGCAAAGAAGGAGACAACUGUCGAUAUUCCCACGAUCUGACCAACAGCAAGCCCGCAGCCAUGAUUUGCAAGUUCUUUCAGAAAGGAAACUGUGUGUUUGGGGACCGUUGCAGGUAUGAACACUGUAAACCGGCAAAAAGCGAGGAGCUGUCAACCCCCCAGAUGCUGCCGCUGCCCUCUGCCUCGCUGGCCGGCCCAUCGGAGCCAGAACCCAGCGGGCCAACCCCUGGCCCAGGGGCACAAGACUGGGUCAACGCUGCUGAGUUUGUUCCAGGACAGCCAUACUGUGGACGGGGUGAGCAAGUGAAGGUGGAGAGCUCCGUCCCUCUCAUCGAGGAGAUUGACAGCGAUGCGGCCCUGGACAGCAAACAGUUGAGGAAGCAGCUCUGUCCGUACGCCGCCGUCGGCGAAUGCCGCUACGGAAUCAACUGCGCCUAUCUCCACGGCGACGUGUGCGACAUGUGUGGCCUUCAGGUGCUCCACCCCACUGACAACAACCAACGCUCCGAGCACACUAAGGCGUGCAUCGAGGCCCACGAGAAAGACAUGGAGAUCUCGUUCGCCAUCCAACGCAGCAAGGACAUGAUGUGCGGCGUGUGUAUGGAGGUGGUGUUUGAGAAGGCCAACCCAAGCGAGCGCCGCUUCGGCAUCCUCUCCAACUGCAGCCACUGCUACUGUCUAAAGUGCAUCCGCAAGUGGAGGAGUGCCAAGCAGUUUGAGAGCAAAAUAAUCAAAUCUUGCCCAGAGUGUCGAAUCACGUCCAACUUUGUCAUCCCGAGCGAGUACUGGGUGGAAGACAAGGAUGACAAACAGAAACUCAUCCAGAAAUACAAGGAUGGCAUGGGGAGUAAACCGUGUCGAUACUUCGACGAAGGCCGUGGAACGUGCCCUUUUGGCUCCAAUUGCUUCUACAAGCACGCGUUUCCUGACGGCCGGCUGGAGGAGGCUCAGCCCCAGAGAAGACAGACCGGAUCCAACAGCAGAAACCGGAACUCGAGGCGAACGCCGCUGUGGGACAUCUACGACGAGCGGGAAAGCACCGACUCCUUCGACAACGAGGACGAGGAGAUGGUGACGUUCGAGCUGAGCGAGAUGCUCCUCAUGCUGCUCGCCGCGGGAACCGACGACGAGGUGACAGAUUCAGAGGAUGAAUGGGACUUGUUUCACGAGGAGCUGGACGAUUUCUAUGAAAUUUACCUAUAGCAGCCCCGCCCACUAAACUUAACCCCCCCGCCCCCCACCAACCCCAUGUAUACUAGACACUAGAAUGGACUGUCUUGUGUGAGUGAUGGACAGUAGCUUCUUCCCCACCCCACCCCCCUUGUAUUGUGGCAGUGCCUUUAAGCAGGCCAUUAAUAAAUGAACUUAUAAAAGAUAAAAGAAAAAAAAAAAAAUCCAACAAGUCAGUGCGCUCGUGCUAAACAUUUUCUAGACAUCUAUCCUUGUGAUCUUGUGCGGUUCAUGUUAAAAGGAAAAAGAAUAAAAUGAACUCGAUAUAAGAUUUAACAAAACUGAUAACUUUCUUCAAAUACUGCUAAUAAAAAAAAAACAAAAACGGUUAAGUUCAUUUGUGGGUGUGGGUUUGACUUGUUUAUCAUCUACCCAGGUGUUUGUACAUAAUACUGAGACUCUGAGGAUGCACUCGAAACUUACUCAGCACCAUUUACUGUAAUAGUGAUGGGCAUGUUGUAAGAUUUUACAUACGGUUUCUGAAGGCCGGAACUUUUUUUUGUUUUUUUUUCUUUAUUAAAGUUGCUGAUAGCCAAUAUAUUGUGCUGAUGUUUAAUAAAUUUACCAUAAUCACUUGUCAUGUUGUACUGAAAAGUAUUUACUGUAUCCCCCCCUAGAGGUCUAUUCUUCCUUAAUUCAGGAUUUCAAAAAAAAAAAACAAACAAAAAAAAACCCCCCAAACCUUUCAUGAAAUAUUUAGAUCAUAAUGGAACACAAACUGUCCAUCAAAGCCCAAAAUAUAGUCGUGUUUGUGGGUCGUAUUAAAGCAGGGACGAAUGCUAAGCCCUGAUCCUGGGAUGGCCAUCUUUGUUACUCGGGGGGGCAUUUCAGUCACAGAGCGGCUCGUAGAAUUAGUUACCGGAAAGAGACAAAAACAAAAGUCAGAGAGUGUAAAAGGAUUUCUUUUACACUCUCUGACUUGGAGGAUAUGGAAACAAAUAGGGGUCAAGAAGAUCUGAAGCUUGCUGAGCAAAAAAUCUGCAAAAACUUUGGAGCUCUAGUUUUACACAACUUUUUUUUUUUUCCUACACAUUUAUAAAGAUGUUAACAGGGUUGAUUUGAGCCCACAGUGCUGCCCACUGCUGACUGGAAGUUAUAUUACAGCGACACUAUGCUGAAUACUACUGAACACAAUGGUAGUCACCUUCAUACACUGUAUGUGACGAAUUUUAUGAGCUGCUCGGUGACUGAAGUGUCUGGGUUACAUAGAUGGUGAUCUAGGACCAUAAUGCAUUGUGUGACAGGUCUUGGAACAGGGCUAGUAAGCCCCCCCCAACUCUCUCACAAACAUACUGCCUUUGGAUAAAGAGUGAUUUUACUGUGCAACUAAGGUCAAAGGUUAUGUCAGAAUUUUCCAGGUACUUUACUGUGAUCAGACUCCCAUCUGUAGUUUUGCCAAAAAUAAAAAAAAAAUCUGAUUGGCCCCGACACAUCAGUAAACUGUUACAUUAGUCCAAUAAAGACAAAAUAAAAAGCUCCUGUGAAAUGUUUUUCCCUCCCAUCGUUCUGAAUCUCAGCAUCCAGGAACAUCUGCGGUACCAAAAGCCAAGUCCUUCCUCUCAGCCAGGCUAAAGAGUCUACGCUCAGCAGAGUUACAGUGCUGAGGAAUCAAGGAGCUGAGACGCUUUUUUUUUUUUUUUAAUUUCCCUCUCUCUGCUGGCUUCACUGAGUAAUGCAUUUUAAGCUUUGCUGCUAAGAUGGCUCAUCUACUGACUCUUGAUAGCUGGUCUCGACCUGUUGAACUCCAUUGGAAUGCAUAUGUUUAUACUGAAAUGUGUGUUUUCUAUGUUCCACAGCCAUCCAUCUUAACUUGAAAUUAAAGUUUAUUAUCAAUCUC